UCGAAAAAAAAUGGCUGAUGAUUAGAAAAGAAAGCUUGCCAAUGCCAACGUACUUUUGAAUUUGUAGAGUUUAGUAAAUGUGAACAUGUCCUUUUCAGAUUUAUAUGCGAAAUAUAAUUGCACAUAUUGCCAAGAAGAAAUAAACGGGAUAAGGGUGAGAUGUGCAGAGUGUACUGAUUUUGAUAUUUGUUUGCAGUGUUUUUCUCUCGGUGCUGAAAUUGGACCUCAUAAAAAUGACCACUCUUAUCAGUUUAUGGACUCUGGAGCAUUUGGUAUAUUUUUGGGCAAAACUAGCUGGUCAGCCAAUGAAGAAGUAAGAUUACUAGAUGCUAUAGAACAGUUUGGAUUCGGAAACUGGGAGGAUAUUGCUAAGCAUAUUGAGACCAGAACGCCAGAAGAAGCAAAAGAUGAAUAUAUCACAAGAUACUUGGAGGGCAGCAUCGGACGGGCCACCUGGGGCAACGUGGAGAGCACCCUGCGACCCUCGCUGCACUGCGCAGACCGGGACGAGGGACCCCUGGGCCCCAGCGCCGUGUCCAGGCUACCCUCCCUCGCCGUCACUCCGGACGAGGCCAGCCAACUGGGCUACAUGCCAAAUAGGGAUGAUUUUGAAAGGGAACAUGAUCAUGAGGCUGAACAGCUAAUAUCAACAUUGUCCAUAAAUCCAGAGGAUGAUGAACUUGACGUUGGCGACGAUGAUGUUAUUCUAGGUCUGAAGCUCUCACAAGUGGACAUAUACACAAGAAGAUUGCGUGAGAGGACAAGAAGAAAAAGGCUAGUGAGAGAUUUUCAACUUGUCUCAGUAUUCUUCAAUAACCAAAGGAACAAGCAGAAGCCACUCGGGAAACUUGCCAAAGAAAAAAAAGAAUUCCUGGAGCGUCUCCGCUGGACGGCCCAGUUCUACGGCCGGGCUGAACACGCAGCCGUCACCGCUGGGCUGUGGCGCGAGCGCGAGCUUCGCGUGCGCCUCGGCGAGCUGCACCGCUACCGGCUCGCGGGAGUCACCAGGCUCGAGGAGUGCGCUCAUUAUGACCAGCACGCGGCGCACAGGAAGCACCCGCACCACGCGCCCCACCACAUCGACGUGAGACCCCGACUACUGGGCAGCAGUGGGUGCCCGGACAGCCAGACAAGAGAAACAACAACAACGCCGAACAGCACGCCGCAGCUAAAAAGAAGAGACGGCGAAAGCGGCUCAAGUUCCACCAGCCCAAAGUGCACACGGGACGCAAGUACCGCAUGUGGAUGCUCCAGAAAGAGCUCCUGCAGCGGCGGCUGCUCGAGGCAUCUGCUCAACAAUAAUGAGAUACAGCUAUGCACAGCCCUAAGCCUGCCCCCAGCACAGUACGUGACCAUGAAGGGGGUGCUGCUCCGGCGGCCGGCGGAGACGGACGUGGACGCGGCCGUGCGACGCUACCUGCAGCAGGCCGGCUGGGUGCGCAACUGAUGCCAGCACCCCGUGGCUGUCAGUAUGCUACUGCAGCUGCUGUGUAAGGACACGUGACAGUGAUGUGGUUGUAGGUGUUGUGAAGUUCUGCGGAUCUGUUUUGCUUAGGAUAAAGGAUGCGUAAAGUAAGGUUAUAUUGUAGACGUGCUAUGAAGAUUUUUGCGUCUAUUUUACUUUCCUGAAGGGCCAGCACGGGGUGCAUUUAAGACGUGACAAAGGUUUUCCAUCGUUUUUCUCACUCACAUACUUUUGUCACGUCUUAAUAGCGCCCCGUGCUAGCCCUUCUGGCUCCAAAAUGGGCCUGACUGCUAGCGACUAUAGGUGCCACAUCAGUUAGGAUCACAGACAAAUCCCUUUAAUGGAAUAUUUAAACGAGAAAUAUCUCUUAGGCCUGAUAGAGCUUAUGUUA